UUCAUCACAGAUACCUGGCAGCCAAGGGCGUCUUGAUAAACGCCGAUCAUCCUUCGCAUUUGCUUUGAAUUUUCUUCCCUCCCAUCUGCAGCAAAAAUGAGAGAGUGCAUUUCCAUUCACAUUGGUCAGGCCGGUAUUCAGGUCGGCAAUGCGUGCUGGGAACUUUACUGCCUCGAGCAUGGCAUUCAGCCUGAUGGCCAGAUGCCAAGUGAUAAGACUGUUGGCGGAGGAGAUGAUGCAUUUAACACCUUUUUCAGUGAAACUGGUGCUGGGAAGCAUGUCCCUCGUGCCGUUUUUGUAGAUCUCGAGCCCACUGUGAUUGAUGAAGUGAGGACUGGAGCAUACCGACAGCUCUUCCACCCAGAACAACUCAUCAGUGGCAAGGAGGAUGCCGCUAACAACUUUGCCCGUGGCCAUUACACCAUUGGGAAAGAGAUCGUUGACCUCUGUUUGGACCGUAUCAGAAAGCUUGCCGACAACUGCACUGGUCUUCAGGGUUUCCUGGUCUUCAAUGCUGUUGGAGGUGGCACUGGUUCUGGCCUUGGGUCUCUUUUGUUGGAGCGACUAUCUGUUGACUACGGCAAAAAGUCAAAGCUUGGAUUCACUGUUUACCCCUCCCCUCAGGUUUCAACAUCUGUUGUUGAGCCCUAUAACAGUGUCCUUUCAACCCACUCCCUGCUUGAGCACACUGAUGUAGCUGUGCUUCUGGACAAUGAAGCAAUCUAUGACAUUUGCAGGCGAUCCCUUGACAUUGAGCGCCCAACCUACACCAAUCUUAAUCGCCUGGUCUCUCAAGUUAUUUCAUCACUCACUGCCUCAUUGAGGUUUGAUGGAGCCUUAAAUGUGGAUGUGACUGAAUUCCAGACCAACCUGGUUCCUUACCCAAGGAUUCACUUUAUGCUUUCUUCAUAUGCCCCCGUCAUUUCCGCUGAGAAGGCAUAUCAUGAGCAGCUCUCUGUGGCGGAGAUCACCAACAGUGCCUUUGAGCCCUCGUCUAUGAUGGCCAAAUGUGACCCACGCCAUGGCAAGUACAUGGCAUGCUGCCUGAUGUACCGAGGUGAUGUAGUGCCCAAGGACGUGAAUGCAGCUGUAGCCACCAUCAAGACCAAGCGCACUAUCCAGUUUGUUGAUUGGUGCCCUACUGGAUUCAAGUGUGGUAUCAACUACCAGCCACCAACUGUUGUUCCAGGAGGUGACCUAGCCAAGGUGCAGAGGGCUGUAUGCAUGAUCUCUAACUCAACCAGUGUUGCUGAAGUGUUCUCUCGCAUUGACAACAAAUUUGAUCUUAUGUAUUCUAAGCGUGCUUUUGUCCACUGGUAUGUUGGUGAGGGCAUGGAGGAAGGAGAGUUCUCUGAAGCUCGUGAGGAUCUUGCUGCCCUGGAGAAGGAUUAUGAGGAAGUUGGUGCAGAGUCUGCUGAGGGGGAUGAAGGUGACGAAGGAGAUGAAUAUUGAUUAAGGGUUGUGUUGGCUUUCAUUUGUGCAUGCUGUUAUGAUGUUUCAUUUCUAUGGUUGGUUUCUCUUAAAGUUGCUGCUAUCCUUGUAUGUUCAUUUCCAUGUUUUCUUUGUUGAGACAACUUAUUAGUGUUGGGCGCUCUGGUUGUUUCACGUAAUUGAUGCCUGAGCAGUGGGGUAAUAUUCUACGUGUAAGCAACUUGCAAGGUGCCAUUUUCGUUAAAUAUUAAGGAUAUGUUGCAAAGCAAA